AUGAACCGCGAAACUCCCCCACGACUAUCCUCCUCAUCAUCACACCGGAGCCAUGGCUUCGACCUGGGCGAGGACAUCGACGCCAUCAUAGGCGUCACCGCAACUGCCUAUGCCGGAGAGCAGGUUUACGAGGCGUCCAAGUCAAAGAAGCACCAGACCAGCCACCUCAUAAAGGCGGGACUCAGCGGCCUGGUUGCGCUCGGUGCUUUCAAGAUGUUUCGCCGCGAGCACAACGAGAAGCAUCAUCCUGCCAAGCAGACGCACCGCAACCAAGUGUCUGAGGUGAUCAUGAGUCCACUACCACCGCCCUGCGCUCUUGCGCCGCCGUUGGCCGACCUUAGCCUGGCAUCAUCACAUCUCCCUCCUUGCCACAACUCGAUUGGACUCAACGCCUUACACUCUCCGUUUGCACGAUUGUCAAACCAUUUCCGGUUGCCGAAGAGAACAACUCCGGAAUAUAUCGUGAUUCCCAAGAGCUUCCCCGAAGAAGUCUCAGACGAUUCAUUGCCUUUCGACGCCGAAGGCACAAACCUCGCCGCUUAUUGUAUGAGCAUCUGUGCCAAAGACCACCUCAACAUCUCAUUUGAAGAGGGACCCGGCAACUUCAUCGUGUGCCCGCCAUGCGAUGCCUUCUUCACCGACCUGCAUCGGUCUACGAAGGACAAUACGCCUCUCGCCAAAGGGGGAAAGGAGGGAGAUGCACCCCAGCGGUACCCGGUGCGCUCCAGGGCCAAAGUGGAGAUCUACCGCGGUGCUACAUCGGAGUACUGCCAGGAACGUUGUGCAACAGGCCUUCCUGUCCGAGAGGUCAAGCAAGCCUCGAUCAUCAUCUGCCCGGCCUGCGAUGAAGCCGUGGCUGCUUCCGAAACCUCCGACCUGGUGACCUCUGCACCCUCCGCCGCAUUGCCGACAGCGACUACGCCGCCGUUCGACAAACCAGAUGUCUCGCUCAGGGAGGUCAUAACCACCCAUCCGUGGUGCUACCAGGUGAUAUCGCUACUGCCAGCGGCCGAGACCAACGACGAGCGCGAACUGAUCGAAACCGAGGUGGCCACGCUGUUCGAGGACUACGAUGGGAUCAUCUCGUACAACCUCACGUGGCUGACGCACGCACCUGACAGAGAGAUUGAGAACUCGGUCACCAUGUCGGAGCGGUUCGUCAUCGAGCACGCUUGCAGGAUGUACAUCGACAGCUGCAUGGCUCAGUUCCCCCCACCGCUGGGUAUGUCCGCGGCGAUGUGUCUCAAUGAAGGAUUUGCGCACAACUCUAGGGCUAAGCUUACGUUCCAAGUCAGUGCUAGCGGGAAAGAAUAA